AUGAAAAGUACACAAUCAGAGCUUCCAGACAAGACUCCAGAGGAUAGCUCCAGAGGACAGCUCCAGUGGACAGUUCCAGAUGACUGGCUCCAGAGGACAGCUCCUGAGGACAGCUCCAGAGGACAGGCUCCAGAGGACAGCUCCAGAGGACAGUUCCAGAGGACAGCUCUUGAGGACAGUUCCAGAGGACAGUUACAGAGGACAGCUCUUGAGGACAGCUCCAGAGGACAGGCUCCAGAGGACAGCUCCAGAGGACAGUUCCAGAGGACAGCUCUUGAGGACAGUUCCAGAGGACUGGCUCCAGAGGACAGCUCCAGAGGACAGCUCUUGAGGACAGCUCUUGAGGACAGGCUCCAGAGGACAGCUCCAGAGGACAGCUCCAGAGGACAGCUCUUGAGGACAGCUCUUGAGGACAGGCUCCAGAGGACAUGUGGCUCUGAUGUAUGA